AUGCCCCAGAGGUCACUCGCCCCCCCCCCACCUUCUGUCCCUCCAUCUCUUCAGGACAUCACUAAUGCAACGUCUUAUAUCUCUCGAUUAAGCCUUUCCAUCUCCCAUCCCGCUUUGCAAGGUCGGGCGACCCCCAGUGAUGUCACCGAAGUUGAAGUCUACAAGCAUCGAUUGAUUGAUGCCCGUACAGCCAGAAUGAUGUUAUGCCCUGCCUGGGCCUCUGCGCUCUUAGAAGGUUGGGCUACCAAGAUGGACGAUAUGGAAGCCCGCCUGCAUCGGGAUGCUGUCGAGAGGCAGGAAUUCCUCGUCCAUGAUGAUAGUGAGCGAGGGCAACGCAUUGUUACAGAGCUGCAUGGUAUCUUUACAAACCGCUUCAAUGACCUUGAAACCCGCCUCGAUAAGUCCUUUUCCAUGAUCGAAAAGUGCCUCAUUAGGGUGGAAAUCGCCACCGCUGUCGCCCACAACCUGAGUUGUGGCGAUGGUCUCUGA